AUAAUUCCGUUUAGCUUCAAGUAAUGACACAGUUAUUGUUUGUGAGAGGAAUCGUUACAUGUAUGCACUGUGCUCAUAUACGACACAUAUUAAUACAGAUAGAAAUACGGGUGAUGCAGCUGUGUGAAUGCUGGAAAGCAGGCUUCUAAAAUUGGUUUGCAGCUGCGUCUUUUUUUAGCUGCCACGGACUUCAGGGAGUCCAACCUGCUGCCUUGGGUUUUGGAAAGCAGCGUGCAGUAACUUUAGUGAAUGGACGCUGGUGUUUGAUACAGGACCCUCUUAGCUGCGACUGCGCUAAAACUUGCAACAACAAAGUAGCAGAGACUAGGUGACUGUGGAGCACUUCUGUUUGCAGCCCCGGUGUCAAUUUAUGUGUGUGACCGCCUGGUGGAGCUUGAUUUCGGGGAACGGCGCGCUGCAAUGGACCGCGGAUCUGCUACACUGGAGCACUAUAAGGCAGCCAUGUUGCUGAGUGGUGUUGGUGAUGCUCUGGGAUACAGGAACCAGCUGUGGGAGUACAAUGAGUCUGGACCAGCGAUUCACCAGGAACUGAAGGAGCUUGGUGGUCUGAAGAACAUCAAGGCCGAGCUCCCUGACUGGCCGGUUAGCGACGACACAGUUCUGCAUCUGGCAACGGCUGAAGGGCUGGCAACUGGGAAGACGGGGGAGGAGCUCAUGCAUGAGGUGGCUGCUCGAUAUGUGGAGGGGAUGAAAGACAUGGACGGGAGGAAACCAGGGCCCUCAAGCAUUCUGGGAGUCUCCCAGCUGAAGCCUGGAGAUGAAGGGGGCUAUAGAGUGCCCUAUAACCCAGAGGGGACUGGCUGUGGAGCAGCCAUGAGGUCCAUGUGCAUUGGCCUCAGGUAUCCAAAGCCUGACCAGCUGUUGUCGUUGGUAGCAGUUGCCGUGGAGACAGGCAGGAUGACCCAUCCUCACCCGACUGGUUUCCUGGGAGCCGUAGCAUCAGCCCUUUUUACGGCGUACGCUGUUCAGCGCAGGCCUAUUACGACUUGGGGUCUAGGCCUAAUCAAUGAGGCCUGUCCAAUAGCAAAGAGCUUUGUUCAAGGUCGAGGCUUCGCAGUGGAGGAGACGGAGAGAGACUGGGGCUACUUCUGUGAUAAGUGGCAGUGGUACCUGGAUUUGAGGGGCAUCUCUCACGGGGUGGGGCCUGCGAUUUGGCCCUCCUCCUACGGCCCAGCUGAGAGAGACGAAGCCUACAAGAGCUUCAGCCUGUCGGGCUGGGCGGGACGCAGCGGCCACGACGCUCCGAUGAUAGCGCUGGACGCCCUGCUGGGGGCGGGUUCAGAUUGGGAGGAGUUGAUGAGCAGAGCGGGCUUCCAUGGAGGCGACAGUGAUAGCACAGCAGUGAUUGCCUGCUGCUGCUGGGGUCUCCUCUACGGCACCCAGGGCGUCCCUGAAGCCAACUACUCCAACCUGGAAUACCGGGACCGACUGGAGCGCAGCGCCGAGCAACUCUAUGCCCUGUCACACUGAGAAGGCCGCCACAGCCUGCUGCACUGACAGUGUCCAAACAUCUUGCAUCUUGAAACUAAGCCUCGCACUCUGACACACUAAUGUAGAGCUAGUUGGUGCGCUCGGCAGGACAUCGAUCUAGUGCUGUCACAUAGCCACAAAGUGUGGUGUCAUACUUGCCUGAAGGGGAAGCAGUGUCCCGCUAACCCAAAGAGUCAUCUCUGCCACAACGACUGUCUCAUGAUAUUGGCACUGAGGCUGGUGUGUAAAGAGGGGUCCCCCUAGUGACCAUUAUAAAUUAACAUGCAGAGUUGCAGCGAGUGGAAUGAAUUCAAACUAAUGAGAAUGUGACGACAAUACAAAAAGUCCCCUAGGAGGUAAUUACUUCGUUUUGUCAGCCUGACAUAAUAGCAAAUGCUUAGUGAGCUUCAAAUUAAACGUGCUCUUGUUAUUGUCUAAUGAAAAAUACAUUUCUGUGUCUCAUUAUAAUUAACUGUAACUGCAAUACUCUAGACAAGCACAAUUAACGAUACAAUAAAUUAAACAAAGCUUUGUAGUUGAGUUGAAAACUUUA